AUGCUUUGGAUUCUAUUCAUUAAUCAAUGUUCAAGUCAAAUUGGUUUUCCAAGACAAUUUCAAACAACAUUGAAUAUAAGUGGAUUAUAUUCAUGGCAAACACCAACUCACGGCGGUCAACAAUUACUGUAUGAUUAUACAAAUGGAAGAGUUCGUUUUGAUAUCGAAGGAUGGCAAGCAAAACAAAAUGAAACUUAUAUGGUGAUAUACAAACCCGACGGUGCUGAAGCAGAUUCACCAGCUUCUCAGGAUUAUACAAUGUUCAAUUUCAAUCCUGAUUAUCCACAAUGGACAAAAAACAACUGUUGGUAUAGAACAAACUCAAUGGGUGAUAUAGGCCCAUUCCCAUUCACAUGGUAUUCGAAUCCUGAAAGUCAAUUUAAAAUUCAACCAUGGUUUCCAUUACCAUCGAAUCUUAUCAAUAAGGGUAAAGAAUGGAUUCCAGAAAUUCAUGAUUAUGCAACGAGAUACGAUUCGCCAGAAAUAUGUGAUUUACAACAAUCUGGAAUUGGCAAAGUUCCAUGUUUAAGCUAUUUUGAGACACAAGAUAGACCAGUUAAAACUAUUCAAGCGCAUGGUGCUCUUCCAAAUACAUAUGACUCUGAUGCAUACGUAAAUACAGUAUAUCUGUCAUUUACACAUGGUAUUCCAUCAGAAGCUGAACAUUUAUUCGAUCUACCUGAUCAAUGGCCUUCCUAUUGUGGCAAUGCAAACACAGGCUUCAAUGUAGAGCCCAUACACGGAUUUGUGGUUACUCCAGAUGGUCAAGAUCAUUUUACACUAAAAUUAAACACACCACCAGUUCAUUCACUAGGUGAUCAAGUCAAAGUUGAGUUUAAAGUCCAACCAAGUUGGUAUUACAAUGGUACGCGAUGUGCUGAAUUCAACACCAUUGUUUUUGAUCGAAAUAAUUGGCAACAACCACAGCAAGUUGAUAUGUCGUUUGUUGAUUAUGGUUGUUGCACAUAUGCAAUUACUGCAAAUGGUGGUGGAUAUGAUUGGCAAUAUGCAGUAUCAACAUUUGUUGUUUACGCUUGCGAUGGACAAGCUGGAUAUGGUUGCACAGGCAAACAACCAUGUGGAGCUUGA